AUGCCUUAUACUCGAAAAAGGCACGGCAUCCACAUUCAUCUUACUGAUGAGAAGGUCAUUGACACUCCCAUUGAAUUCUAUUCCAAGUUCUAUCCAUCUGAUGGGGUUCUUCCAUUCCAAGUUGGUUGGUGCUUAGUUUAUCUCACUGUGAUACACCCUGAUAUUGCCUAUGUUGUUCAUGUGCUGGAAAGGAUCCCACAAUCAUUUCAGUCAGUACAACAUUAUCUUGGAUCAUUUGUUUCACCUUUAUUGGAAGAAAUACGAGCAGAACUAUCUUCAAGUAUGGAGGCUAUAUCCAAUGCACCUUUUGCCAAAGUGCUUAAAUACAAGCCAUAUGAAACACGGACGUAUGAUGUUACAGUUGAUUAUUGGAGAAACAUAUCUAGUCAUCAGAGUAAGGUGCCUUACAGAGCAUUGCCUGGAGAUAUUUUUGUUUUCACAGAAGCAAAGCCUGAAACUAUAGAUGAUUUAAAAAGGUCAGGAAGGACAUUGACUCUUGGAUGUGUGAGAAAAAGAACUGGAGAUGAUGACAUUGCAGCUACUCAUUUUAAAGUCGAAGUACCAAAUGACUCACGUGUCAAAGAUGGAAUGCAUAAAUUCUCUUAUGUGGUUUUCCUGAUUAAUAUAACAACUAGCAAAAGAAUAUGGAGUGCACUGCACAUGUUGACAAAUCAGGAGGUUAUGGAGAAACUUUUGUACACCAACACUACGGUUGAUGAAACUUGUAAUCUGUGCUCUGAAGAAAGGAAUCAAAUCUGGGAAGAUAAAUUGUGCUUGUCAUCUAAGCUGAAUGAGUCUCAAUACAAGGCAGUAGUCUCUUCGAUAUGCAAAAUCCAGUGUAACCACAGGUCAUUUGUGGAACUUAUUUGGGGCCCCCCAGGGACAGGGAAAACUAGAACUCUUGGCAUGUUGCUUUGGGCCCUCCUAGGAUUGAAAUGUAGGACCUUAACUUGUGCCCCGACAAAUAUAGCAAUUACAGAAGUUGCCUCUCGUGUUGUGGAAGUGGUGAGAAAGUCAUUUGACACAGGUGCUAGGAAGGAUGCUUUAUUUUGCUCUCUGGGAGAUAUUCUCUUAUGUGGUAAUAAGGCCCGAUUAAAAGUUAGUUCGGAUGUUCAGGAUGUAUAUUUAGAUUAUCGUGUUGAAAAUCUUGCCGAGUGCUUUGGAUCACCAAUAACUGGUUGGAAGUAUUGCUUCACUUCAAUGAUAGAAUUUCUGGAAGAUUGUGUUUCAAAAUACCAAAAUUUUUGUGAUAAUCAAUUGAGCAGUGAGAAAUGCAGCAAUGGAAGUGAUGACAGAAAGGUGGAGCAAAAAUCAUUUCUUCAGUUUGUGAGAGACCGAUUCAGACAUGCUGCAUUAGCACUCAGAAGAUGUGUUUCUACAAUUUGUACUCAUGUGCCCAUAAGUUGCAUUAAGGAACAUAAUUUCCAAAGGAUGGUAUCCCUCAUUGCCUUACUUGAUUCAUUUGAGACUUUGUUGAAUCGAGACGAUAAGGUUUCUGAAGAACUGAAUGAGGUUUUCUCAAAACCUGACUUAGUUGAUGCUUCUCAGUCUGAUAGAGAUAAAUUUACUGUUCCAUUCAUGAGAAGUGAAUGCCUUUGUGCUUUGAAAACUCUUCAGUGUUCACUUGAUGAGCUUGACUUUCCAACUGGUACGAACAAAGAUUCAGUGGAGGAAUUCUGUUUUCAAAACGCUUCAUUAAUUUUGUGCACAUCUUCAAGUUCACACAAGCUGCAUUCAGUGUCAAUGGAGCCACUCCGUUUGUUGGUUAUUGAUGAAGCUGCGCAGAUGAAAGUGUGA